UGAAGCGGGGGUGGGGCGGAGGCGAGUCUGGGGGGGUUUUGGCGGGUGUCGAGGCCUCUAUUCUGCCCCAGAGCGCUGGCGAAGGCCCCUUCUCAGCCCGCCUUUUCCUUUCUCCCGCUCCUUCUCCUCCACUAAGUGUAGACGCAGGGCCCCUUGGCCUAGCUUCGAUUGUUCGAAUUCAGAGCACGUCCUUCCGAGGUGAAGGAACGCGAAACUCCACCCAUCCGAUUGCUGUUCGGCUGCGGGCGGGUCCUUUGGUCGGGCUGACCCUGGGUGAGCGGCCCGGAGCCAAGACUCGAGGUAGGGCCUGGCGGGCGGGUGAUGUCACACUCCUCUGUGACACGCGAGGCUCCUCAGUUACUUAGCCAACGGCAGAGGCGGGAAGUGAGAGGAGUCUGGGGCUGGGGCUGCCUUCCAGGCCCACGGGGCGGCCCCGCUCUGUUCGGAUUGGUUACUUUUGGGCAGGUGAGGUGGCUUUGCUUUGCUUGGUCUUGAGAUUUUGUGGGCGUCUUUCUGAGUCUGCUCAGCAAGGGCGUCGUUGGGCAGUUUUUAUCUUGGGCCUACUUGCUGGACCUGUGGUAACAAGUAGGCUUUGGUAUCUUUGUAUAUUUACUGAGUGUAGAAUUACUACCCGGUGCCAGCCCGGGCUGCUUGGGGUCAUCAGCCUUUCAUUGACCACCCCCACAACAAAAAUCACUAUGAACUUGAGACUGUGUUCUAGCAACUUGUGAAUGUGUAACCCAGUAGAAGGGCUGACUGUGCUUGAAACAGACAAGGAUUUUAAGGUCAAAGAGUUUCUAACCAAACUGCAUGCAGCCCUUCGUAGUUUUUAUACACAUUUUGUUUUCCAAAGAUGGUGUUCGAGACCAAGGAGAGAAAGGCUGUCUCCUUGACUUAAAGGUUACCUGAGUGACCCCUUGAGAGUGGAGACUGCUGCACAGACUCUGGAACCAUGAACAUAUUUGAUCGAAAGAUCAACUUUGAUGCGCUUUUAAAAUUUUCUCAUAUAACCCCGUCAACGCAGCAGCACCUGAAGAAGGUCUAUGCAAGUUUUGCCCUUUGUAUGUUUGUGGCGGCUGCAGGGGCCUAUGUCCAUAUGGUCACUCAUUUCAUUCAGGCUGGCCUGCUGUCUGCCUUGGGCUCCCUGAUAUUGAUGAUUUGGCUGAUGGCAACACCUCAUAGCCAUGAAACUGAACAGAAAAGACUGGGACUUCUUGCUGGAUUUGCAUUCCUUACAGGAGUUGGCCUGGGCCCUGCCCUGGAGUUUUGUAUUGCCGUCAACCCCAGCAUCCUUCCCACUGCUUUCAUGGGCACAGCAAUGAUCUUUACCUGCUUCACCCUCAGUGCACUCUAUGCCAGGCGCCGUAGCUACCUCUUUCUGGGAGGUAUCUUGAUGUCAGCCCUGAGCUUGUUGCUUUUGUCUUCCCUGGGGAAUGUUUUCUUUGGAUCCAUUUGGCUUUUCCAGGCAAACCUGUAUGUGGGACUGGUGGUCAUGUGUGGCUUUGUCCUUUUUGAUACUCAACUCAUUAUUGAAAAGGCCGAACAUGGAGAUCAAGAUUAUAUCUGGCACUGCAUUGAUCUCUUCUUAGAUUUCAUUACUCUCUUCAGAAAACUCAUGAUGAUCCUGGCCAUGAAUGAAAAGGAUAAGAAGAAAGAGAAGAAAUGAAGUGACCAUCCAGCCUUUCCCAAUUUGACUUCCUCUCCUUCCACCCCUCAUUUCCUUUUUGCACACAUUACAGGUGGUGUGUUCUGUGAUAAUGAAAAGCAUCAGAAAAGCUUUGUACUUUGUGGUUUCCUCUAUUUUGAAUUUUUUGAUCAAAAAACUGAUUAGCAGAAUAUAGUUUGGAGUUUGGCUUCAUCUUCCUGGGGUUCCCCUCACUCCCUUUUUUUGUCAACCCCAUCUGUAGCCUCUUCCUCUACUCAGGCAGUCGACCCGCCACGAUGAGAAGUGGGACCAGCAGAGGGCACCAACUUCAGGAGUCUGCUUUCCCACCAGGCUUCAUUCACCCAGUGGACCUGAACUGUUUGGUAGAGCCACCCGGCCCUUCCUUCCUCAUCGUUGUUUGGUAUGCGCACAGUUCCUGUGGGACUGGGCCAUGAGUUUUCCAUUGGAAAGAAGUUCAGUGGUCCCAUUGUUAACUCAGCCUAAAAUCUCAACUGUCAGGCCCUACAAAGAAAAUGGAGAGCCUCUUCUGGUGGAUGCUUUGCUUCCUCUGAGCUGCCCAUGCUGGUCUGGCAAACACACCUUUCUGCUUUGCCUUCACAAAAGUAAUGUGUUCCCUUUCCCACCCCUUGCCUGACCCUCAGGGAGUCAGCCUGCUUCCAUCCAUGGGUGGGAAGACUUCAGCACAAAGGAAAGACUAAUUCUUGUCAGGCAUUUUUGAAAAGGCUGAUUAUGUGUAUCAAGGUACAGCAUCGUAGGGUUCCCCUAAACUUGCCCUGUUUUUGUUUUUUUAGUUUGUUAUCCCCUUACUGAGUGGCCUCUACUAGGUGGCUGUGAUUAAAUGUCCCAAGCAAGGAUAGGGAAGGGGAAUGGUUGAGCCUCUGGAGAUCAUUGUAACCAAUCCUGCCAGACCUGUUUGGGGCAGUGGGGAGCAAACCUAGAUAAGGACCUGUUUGGGGCAGCAGGGAGCAAAAUCUCCUUUAACAACCAAGCAGUUCCUCAUUCACAUCAACAGAGCGAGGCUGUGAUAACUUAGGAGGCAGCAAUCCUUAUAGUCCUUCAGUGCAUUUUAGUCUGUCUCCAACUGGACACCAGUAGGUAGUGUCAAGCCAGAGAUUUGGGGCAGUAGAUAAAUGUUCAUUUUACUGAUGCAGUUUAGUUUUUGGUCUGUUACCUGUUUUCCAGAAAUUUGUGGCCUUUUAGGCGGGAGUUAGGCGACCAAACCAGUGAGAGCCCCAAUCCCUGCAGUUUUGUGGCUUCAAGUAUGGGUGGACAGUCCUAAUGGGGAUCUCCAGCUCCUUCCCUGUGGGCUGCCACAGACAGCUGCCCCCAGAAGGGUCAAUGUUGGGAGUGGUUUGUGGCUCUGAGCUGCUCUACAGAGCUUCAGUGUGAGAGGAUCGAGCCAUUGAAAGCUCAUUACCAGUAGGACAUAAUUUUUGGCUCUCCCUAUUCACAACCAGUGCACAGUUUGACACAGUGGCCUCAGGUUCACAGUGCACCAUGUCACUGUGCUAUCCCACGAAAUCAUUUGUUUCUAAGUUGUGUUUAUUCCUGGAGUGACAAGCCACCCCGAAUCCCUCACUUUCACUGAGGAUGCUGUCCUCUGAUUUAGCUGCUGCCUCCAGCCUCUGGCUUGAGAACUUACUAAAGGCACUUCCUUCCUGUUAAACCCCUGUUAACUCUCCAUAAAUUUGGUGAUUCUCUGCUAGGCCUAAGAUUUUGAGUUAACAUCUCUUGAAGCCAAACUCCACCUGUGCUUUUUUGCUUGGGACAAUGGAGUUUUUCUUUAGAAACAGUGCCAAGAAUGACAAGAUAUUAAAAAAAAAAAAAAGCAAAAAAAAAAAAAAACACAAAAACCUACUUUUAAAGAAAAUGCCUAACAGAUUUUUAAUAUAGUUAUCUCUACCACUUUCUUUUCUAGUUUCUUGAUUUUCAGCUCAGGCUGCAUUCUAACUCAUACUGUGAAGACAAAGGUGUUUUUGAUUCAGAAAUAUAUGAAAUCUGCAUAGUCUUAAUUUGUAAAAAAUAAAGAAAAUUCCUUAACCUUU